GUGUGUACAGUGCACAGUGCAGCAGGGCCUACACACACACACACACACACACACACACACACACACACACACACACACACACACACACACACACACACACACACACACACACACACACACAAGAGAGAGAGAGAGAGAGAGAGAGAGAGAGAGAGAGAGAGAGAGGCGAUGGGAGGAAUAUAACCUGCUGUUUAAUACAUGUUAUCAACGCGGAGAGGUAAUCAUCAAACAUGGAGGGAGGACAUUUUGGCUACUCCCGAGACUAUCUGGACCGCUUCAUCCAAAGCCAAGACUCGUCUGUGGUGAACAAAUUCCAGCAGAAGUACUGGAAAACCAAACAGACGCUCAUCAAGGUCACCGGGAAGAAAGAGGACGAGCAUGUGGUGGCGUCAGACGCAGAUCUGGAUGCCAAGCUGGAGGUCUUCCACUCCGUCCAGAGAACAUGCAUGGAGCUACUGAAGGUCAUCGAGCAGUACCAGAGGAGGAUCUGCCUGCUUUCUCAGGAGGAGAAUGAGCUGGGUCGUUUCCUGCGCUCCCAAGGCUCACAGGAUAAAACCAGGGCUGGAAAGAUAAUGCAGGCCACAGGGAAAGCACUCUGCUUUUCCUCCCAACAGAGACUGGCUCUGAGGAACCCUCUGUGCCGGUUGUACCAGGAGGUUGAAACGUUUCGCUAUCGAGCAAUCUCAGACACGUGGCUGACGGUGAAUCGAAUGGAGCAGUCCAGGACCGAGUACCGCGGAGCGCUGCUUUGGAUGAAGGAUGUGUCUCAGGAGUUGGAUCCAGAUACACAUAAACAAAUGGAGAAAUUCCGCAAGGUUCAAGCCCAGGUGCGCACUACCAAAACAAGCUUUGACAAACUGAAGAAUGAUGUUUGCCAGAAAGUGGACCUGCUGGGAGCCAGUCGCUGCAACCUCCUCUCUCACGUUUUAACCACAUACCAGACAACACUUUUGCACUUCUGGGAGAAGACGUCCCACACUAUGGCAGCCAUUCACGAGAGCUUCAAGGGCUGUCAGCAUUAUGAGUUCUCCACACUUAAGACCUUACAAGACCCCAUGGACAAGCUGGCUAAGAAGAAGGGGAAGAAGAAAGUUAAAGCAGCGGCAGAAGAUGGAAAGAAAGCAGCGAACGCGGACUACCAACUCAUCUCGCUAGUAAAUGAAAACACCAGCGAUAAGACCAGAGAAGGGAAGGACGAUCUUCUCUCUGCCUAUCCAGAGUUAGAGGGAGAGGACAAGGACAGCAUGGCCUUUCUGAAUGAGAUCCUGGGCAGUAUGUCUGUGGAUGAGGGCGACUUCUCUCGAGAGUGGACGGAAGUGUUUGGAGACCCCGAGGAGGGAACGAGUGCAGCCUCAGGUAGAUCAGCAGAGGCCCAGCAGAAGGAAAACUCCUUCUUUCUACCGUCUCAGCUGCUGGACCAGAGUUUGAAUAAUACACAGUCUUCCCUCUCAGAUUGGGCCGGGAUCGUUCCACAGCCCAUCGCCCAGGCAACAGAGCACUCAUCUGGAGCCAAUCAGAACCCUCCUAAGCCAGCAAUGAAAGAGACAGCAGGGACGUCCAAAGAUCUCUCGGCGUGGUUCAACCUGUUUGCUGACUUGGACCCACUCUCCAAUCCCGACGCGGUCGGCAAAACUGAUACAGAGCACGAACUUCACAAUGCAUAGUUCUUCCUCAGAGUCAUGGUGAUCUGAAAGGGGGUACCUUUUGUUAGUGGGCAGAGCAGAAUAAAGCUGCCACCGACACCAGAGACAAAUCUGAUCAGCCACACAAACAGCUGUCUUCUCUUUAGACUUCAAGUAGAUAUAGGGCUGAAAAAAAUGAUUCAGUUUAUCAGGAGAACAUUGAUCAGUUAUUUCUAGCAAAGGACAAAGUGAAAGUAUUAAUACCCCAUUGUAAAAAUACUCUACAAGUCAAGUAUAAAGUAAAAACACUCUGGCCAUUUUCAGAAGUAGCUUGUGAAUUCCCUGUUUUAUCUUAAUCUACAAUAAUAAUAAUAAUAAUAAUAAUAAUAAUAUAUUUGCUGAUUAUGUUUUUAAUUAUUAAUCAGAAUCUGCAAAUUAACAACUAAAGUUAUCAAAUAAAUGUAAGUAAAUGGAGUAAAAAGUACAAUAUUUGCCUCUGUAUUGUAGUGUAGUUGAAUUAGUAGUGAAAAUGUAAACACUACCUUAAAACUGUACUUAAGUGCAGUACUGGAGUAAAUGUACUUAGUUACUCUCCACCACUGAUUAUUUUAUAUUUUUCAAAUAUGAAGAUUUGUUUUUCUUUAUCGUGUAUGUCAAUAAACUGAUAAUCGUUGGGUUUUUAGAUUCAUUAUUUCAUCUUAGAUUCUAAUUAUAAUGGUCAUUUUAAUUAUGUCAUUGACAAAACAGUUAAUUUAAAAAGUAGCACAUUAAAUAAUCAAUAGUUGCCCUAACUGGUUAUUUUUCUACUGGUACCUUUAUUAUAAUGACACAAGAAUAAGAUAUGUUGUUUUAAAGCUCUGAAAUGUCUGUAUAACAGUAAAAGGCGGGUACAUUUUUAAAAUAAAAUUAAAGCAUCUUUAAUAAUUUAUUAAAGACAAAUAUCUCGUUCUAAGAAGAGAAAUGUCGGUGUCCUUACAAGAAACUGAUUGUGAUUGUCUGACGGUGGCAGUAUUACUCUGCUGUAACUGUCCCACUAACAACUACCAGCUCUCAUCCUUUCCAUUGUGAAAGAACCAAAACAUUUCCAAAAGGACCUUUUUAAGAAGCCUGUUGGCUAUUUAUAUAUUUGAUGUUUAGCAAGGAUACCUCAGUAUGAGUUUGGAAUAAGAAGCCUUUGACUUUCGCUGCCUUGGAAAUCUGUAGUCUCUAGUAGCAUUCAUGCUUUAUUUCUGAUCCUCAUUACUGAAGAUUGCAAACAGGCAAAGAAAAAAAAAAAAGUUUGUGAGAUACAAACGAAGAGAAAGCAAACACGACACAGAUCACAGUGCAAUAGUUCAUGUGUUUACAAAAUAACGUUAACAUGUUGAGAUUAAUGCAGUCACAGAGAAAUAUUCAGAAAUAAACUGAAGCAUAUUUUUCAGGUUAACCGAUCAGAAUUACUGGAUAAUAUUUAAGAAAAGUGUGAACUGGAAACGUCCUGAACUUUCUUCCAAACAGCAAAGAGGUUUUCUUUUUAAUGUUUGUGCUUUUAAAUUUGUUUGCCACAUGCUGUGUUUGUGAUCCCGUUUUAAAUAUAUAUUCCAGAACUAAAAACUACACGCAUCACCCCACUUAUUAUUUAUUGCAUGUUGCAUGCCUUGUUUUCUGUCAUCCAGUAAGAGUGUUUGAUUGAAUGGACAAUAUGUUUCUAUUGACAUGAGAUUUUUGAUUCAUUUGGACACAUUUAUUCAGCUCAGUUAUUGGCUCUCACUGGGAAUAUAUGCAGUUUACAGUGUUUUGUUUUCAGAACCAAACUAACUGUAAAGUUUGAUAAUCAUGAAAAUAGUCAUAUUAUAUUGAGUUUGACUACAAUGCUGCAUAAGUGAAUAUAUAUAUCAGAGUAAAUGCCUUAAUCUAAUCACAAGUCAACAAUAUAGAACCUCAUCAUGGAUAUUAUUGGAUUCCUCAUACGGUAUACUACAACUGAUUGUGAAUUUAUUUUGUUGUAACUUAGCCUCGUGCCAUUUUUGAUGUUCAUGUCGUGACAUUUGUUAAUAUUUAAUCAUAACCAAAUACAUUGAUUGCCUUA